AUGACUGAGCCCAAGUUUACAAGCUCGGAGAAAAAUACACGCAUAGAACGCACCUGGGUGGAGGUUGGAUCCCAGUUCGCUCGACGUUGGCGCGCAUUCUUUGUGCGCCUCGAAAAGCUGCACGGGCUUGAUCGUCUCAACGCUGCCCAUCUAUGGCUUCUUCAUACCCUUUUCCUUGAGCCACUGAAUAAGGACUGUGCUGACUUCGUCGAUGCCUGGAACCACCAACCUAUCUCUGGUCCUGUCACACGCAAUGCUUCUCCAUUGGAUAUCCGUUUCCUCAGCUUCCACGAGCACGGCAUAGAAGAAGAUCAACCCGGGGUUAAUCCGACAGUCUUGAACGAGUAUUAUGGCGUGGAAGGCCUUCCUCGACGCCGUCCUCACGGAGAGACUGGUGCAGGUCAUCCUGAUGAUGAGGCCGAUGAUACCGACAACGAGACUGACGUUCAAGACGAUUUACUGGGCAGCAUUGACGACACUCUUGCCGAUGACCUUGAAGAGCACAUCCGACACGACGCUAUUCCUGUCCCUCCAAGCUCAUGUCCAUUUUCGCCCACUUCUUACGCUAUAUUCCUUGCUGCACUGGAUGAGAUUCAUGCUCGCGAAGUAAUACCAGAGGGUUACGGGAUCAUGCCCGAGGAGUGGGCAGAAAGAUACUACCCACUAUCGGAGACGAUCACAUUUGGAGUUGGUGGGAAGAAGAAACUGAAGGUGAUUCUUCCAGAAGAGAUCUGGUGGCCACGGGCACUGGCUUGGGUUCAGGGAUUAGAUUUGAUGCAGACCAUGCUUGUAGAUGAAGAUGGUGAAUAA